CCUCCUAGCGCCCCCUCCCCCGCGCGGGGUAGAAGGUCCCCUGCCCUUACUUAUUAUGCUGGUCUCCAAGGCUGGUUCACGAAUCUUCCAACCCGUCCCCUCCCCCACCCUCCCCUUCCCUCCGUCUCGCCCUUUCCCCCCUUCCCAGCAGCCGCCGGACGCAGGCGAGGCCGACAGACCUACAGCCGCUACCAGACCCUGGAGCUGGAGAAGGAGUUCCUAUUUAAUCCCUAUCUGACUCGCAAGCGGCGGAUCGAGGUGUCGCACGCGCUGGGACUGACAGAGAGACAGGUCAAAAUCUGGUUCCAGAACCGGAGGAUGAAGUGGAAAAAGGAAAACAACAAAGACAAGUUCCCCAGCAGCAAAUGCGAGCAGGAGGAGCUGGAGAAGCAGAAGCUGGAGCGGGCCCCGGAGGCGGCGGAGGAGGGCGACGCGCAGAAGGCCGACAAGAAGUAG